AGGCGGCCUGAGAGGACAGAGAGAGGGAGGGGUAGAAGCCACCGACCUCAGGAAGGGAGAAGGGGUUGUGCUCUUGGCCGCACGCAGAGAAAGGGGCGGGGCCGGCGGGCGGGGCGCGAAGGUGCCGAGCUCCCGGGACCGGCCGGCGCGCGGGGCUCUGCGGCCCUCGCCGUCCCAGUGGCCGCUGCCGUCAUUUGGUCGCCGUCGGUGUGCGGGAGGCGGGUUAUGGCGGCGGCGGCAGUGGGAGCUGUGGAUGAAUUCUCCGGGCGGACGACGGAAGAAGAAAGGCUCCGGCGGCCCCAGCAGCCCGGUGCCUCCCAGGCCUCCGCCCCCCUGCCCGGCCCCCGCCCGGCCCGCCCCCAGGCCGGUCCCUCCGCCGGAGUCGCCGCAUAAGCGGAACCUGUACUACUUCUCCUACCCGCUGUUCGUCGCCUUCGCGCUGCUGCGUUUAGUCGCCUUCCACCUGGGGCUCCUCUUCGCGUGGCUCUGCCAGCGCUUCUCUCGCGCCCUCAUGGCCGCCAAGAGGAGCUCCCCGACCGCGCCGGCCUCGGCCUCGCCCCCGCUGCCGGUGCCGGGCGCGGAGGCCGAGCUGGUCCGAGCCUUCCACAAACAGGCCUUCGACUACAUCUCCGUCGCCCUGCGCAUCGACGAGGACGAGAAAGGACAAAAGGAGCAAGCUGUGGAAUGGUAUAAGAAAGGUAUUGAAGAACUAGAAAAAGGAAUAGCUGUCAUAGUUACAGGACAAGGCGAACAAUGUGAAAGAGCUAGACGCCUUCAAGCUAAAAUGAUGACUAAUUUGGUUAUGGCCAAGGACCGUUUACAACUUCUAGAGAAGCUGCAACCAGUUUUGCAAUUUUCCAAAUCACAAACAGACGUCUAUAAUGACAGUACUAACUUGACAUGCCGUAAUGGACAGCUCCAGUCAGAAAGUGGAGCAGUUCCAAAAAGAAAAGAUCCCUUAACACACCCUAGUAAUUCGCUGCCUCGUUCAAAGACAGUUAUGAAAGCUGGAUCCACAGGUCUUUCAGGCCACCACAGAGCACCCAGUUGCAGUGGCUUAUCCAUGGUUUCUGGAGUGAGACAGGGCCCUGGUCCUGCAACUGCCACUCAUAAGAGUACACCAAAAACAAAUCGAACAAAUAAACCUUCAACCCCUACAACUGCUGCUCGUAAAAAGAAAGACUUGAAGAAUUUUAGGAACGUGGACAGUAACCUCGCUAACCUUAUAAUGAAUGAAAUUGUAGACAAUGGAACGGCUGUUAAAUUUGAUGAUGUAGCUGGUCAAGAAUUAGCAAAACAAGCAUUACAAGAAAUUGUCAUUCUUCCUUCUCUGAGGCCUGAGUUGUUUACAGGGCUUAGAGCUCCUGCCAGAGGAUUGUUACUCUUUGGUCCACCUGGAAAUGGGAAAACAAUGCUGGCUAAAGCAGUAGCUGCAGAAUCUAAUGCAACCUUCUUUAAUAUAAGUGCUGCAAGCUUAACUUCAAAAUAUGUGGGAGAAGGAGAGAAGUUGGUGAGAGCUCUUUUUGCUGUGGCUCGAGAACUUCAACCUUCAAUAAUUUUUAUAGAUGAAGUUGAUAGCCUUUUGUGUGAAAGAAGAGAAGGAGAACAUGAUGCUAGUAGACGCCUAAAAACUGAAUUUCUAAUAGAAUUUGAUGGUGUACAGUCUGCUGGAGAUGACAGAGUACUUGUAAUGGGUGCAACUAAUAGACCACAAGAGCUUGAUGAGGCUGUUCUCAGGCGUUUCACCAAACGGGUAUAUGUGUCUUUGCCAAAUGAGGAGACACGACGACUUUUACUAAAAAAUCUAUUAUGUAAACAGGGAAGCCCAUUGACCCAAAAAGAACUAGCACAACUUGCUAGAAUGACUGAUGGAUACUCAGGAAGUGAUCUAACAGCUUUGGCAAAAGAUGCAGCUCUGGGUCCUAUCCGAGAACUGAAACCAGAACAAGUGAAGAAUAUGUCUGCCAAUGAGAUGAGAAAUAUUCGAUUAUCUGACUUCACUGAAUCCUUGAAAAAGAUAAAACGCAGCGUGGGCCCUCAAACCUUAGAAGCAUACAUACGUUGGAACAAGGACUUUGGAGAUACCACUGUUUAAGAAAAUACCUUUGUAAGCCUGCAGAACAUUUUCUUAUCAAGGGAGAAACACACCAUCUUCAGUGAAUAGUUAUCAGCUACAGAAACUCAGCCUAAGUUUACAGGACUUUUUAGAGUCUUAUAAUUAUUUAUGCAUCCCAGAAGAUAAACCAUAAAACAAAUUUAAAUAAAAUAUACAAUGCAAAUGGAAUAUUUUGUUUAAGGCCUUCUUGCCUUGAUAGUAAUCGCUAUCCCGAUGGGCAGGGUAAGUUGGAGCACAAUAAACACUGGUUCUUGUCUUCUUUACCAAUUUAAUCAGAAUGUAAAUAAUAAUUUAUAUAUGUGUUACAGAUGAAAGUAUUCAGAGACAGUAAAGGGUGAAAGACACAACAGCCAUUGGUUGUCUUCUGAUGUCUUUUUUUAAAAUAGUAAUUUUUCCCAUUUUCCUCUCCUACUGUUGUCUGUACUAUGGGUGAUUGGAAUGCCAAACAUUUUCUUUUUUUUCCCUUUUCUUUUUACAAAUUGUGUGCCAAAUGAAACUUUUUUCUGUGUAACAGAAAUAGGAAAAAGGAUUUUGAAGGCUUUUUCUCCAUAAAACUACAGACAUUAAACAAUUGUGUUCUUUUCACUUUUUUAUUUUUCUAGUUCCUUUCUACCAAACAAUUUAUAAAGUAAUAUGAGAGCAACAAAAUAAGUCUAAUAAAAGAGGAGAAAUUUGCAAGUUUUGAGUCACUCUGUCAUACAACAUGAUCAAUCCUUGUGUGACCACAGUACUUUUUUUUAAAAUAUAUUUGCCAGAAAUCUAUUGAGACUGUUAACUUAUUCCUAAUGGAAUUUAUUUCCUGCUAGAAUUAUCCUAAUACUUAAGAAAACCAAUUUUAACAGCUGUAAAAGUGGUUCCUGUGUGAGAGAAGGGAAGUACUGGGAGCUAAGACAUUUCUAAUUCAUGAUUACUACUUUCUUACUGUUUACAGGAUAAUGAUAAGCCAGUGGAUCUACCAUCUUUUAUUCUUUAUAAUCAUUAAUCCCUUCAAUGAAACUUUAAAAGUUACUGAAUUUUUAUAAAUUGCAUACAUUUUGUAGGUUUCUUGUGCUCACUUUGUUAACAAACAACUUGUAGUCUGUUAAUCUGCCUUUUGUUCCCCCAAAAUGUACAGUAAUUCCAUUUCUUAUUUGUAUAAGUAUGCCUGAAUUUUUAUUAUAAAAAUGUCAUUGUAGGAAGUAGAAAUUCGUUAUGACCUUUUAAAUAUUGUAAUAAAGGCAAAUUGAUAUUUGCCCUUAGUUUACUGGUUAAAAGUUUGUUUACAGAAAUUUUCUUUGGUGCUUUUGUGUAAAAUGCCGUGGGUGGAAAGAAUAGUUUUAUAGUAGGAACAAAGAUUUUUUUUCAUUUGGGAAAAAUAUCUUUGGUUUUGAGAGAACAAAUUAAAACCUUGCCCCUGCUAGAUAAGAAUUUUAUAAUGAAGAUACACAUUCUUUUUUUUUUUUUUUUUAACAUUCUUCUUAGUUUUACUCUUACUCUUGGUAAAAUUUGACCAAGUUUUAUUUUAAGCUGUGUUUCUUUCAUAGAAGGACCGUGAAAAUAGAAUAAUGAUAAUAGUAGAAGGUGUAAGGGGUUGGUUCGGUCUUUUUCAAUAUAGAAGUUGCUGAGAUUUUUAAAAUUAAUAUUAGACUUAGAUUGUAACCUUUUAGAUUUUGCAUUGAACUCUGUGUCACUUCCUAAAAGGUAAUGCUUAAACAUUAAAUUAUAUUGUGCUCUUCAUGUUAAUAAGGCAUAGUUUUGUAAGCUAAAUUAAAACUUACUGAUGCCUGGCCA